UGUUGCCUGGCAACCCUGGGGCAGCGUCCCUUGAGCCCAGAGUACACAGCUGUGCCCAGCCCUGCCCGGCUCCCUGGGGUCUGGUCCUUAUUCCCCACGACCAGGACAGCCGGGCCGAGGCCACAAUGAACGUCGUCCUCUCCAGGGACGGCCAGGUGAGGGCGAUGGAGACCACGGUGGUCAGCGCCGAGAAGCACUUCGGGCAGCUCUGCUCGCUGCUGGCCGCCCACACGCGCAAGACGGCCCGGCUGCGGGACGCGGGGGACCGGCUGGUCAAGCAGCUCAUCGCCCUCGCCAGCUCUGAGACCCCUGAGCUGCGGGCCACCCUGCAGGACGUCGCCGAGGACCUGGCCAAAGUGCAGGACUACCGGCAGGCCCAGGUCGAGAGGCUGGAGGCCAAGGUUGUGGAACCCCUGAAGCUAUACGGCACCCAGAUAAAGCAGACCCGGGCUGAGAUCAAGAAAUUCAAGCGGGUCCAAAGCAAUGAGAUCAAACAACUGGAAAGGCUGGAGAAACUGAGGCAGAAGUCGCCCUCAGAUCGGCAAGUGAUCUCACAGGCAGAAAACAGGGUACAGAGGGCCUCGGUGGACGCCAGCCGCACCACCCGGCAGCUGGAGGACACGGUGGACGCCUUCCAGCGGCGGAAGCUCAAGGACCUCCAGAGGGUCUUCCUGGACUUUGUGACCAUCGAGAUGGUGUUCCACGCCAAGGCGGUGGAAGUAUACUCCAGUGCCUGCCGGACCCUGGGCAGCUAUGACCCGGAGCGGGACCUGCAGGACUUUCAAGCCAAGAUGUGGGGAGUUCCUGGGCAUUUCGAGGCUCGGCCGCUCACAGAUGCCACCCUGGGGCCACCUGCCAGCCAGAGUGCACAGUGCACCCUAGGGGGCCAGAGAGAGGAGGAGGCCGGUGGGGAUGACUCAGCAGAGGAGACGGCGCUGGAGGAGCUCCAGGGACAGGAGCAGGGACGCCGGCACUAGGAGGUGACUCUGGCCACAGGUGGAGGUGCUGGGCCCACCCUGCUCUCGGGGCUGUGUCACGCCUCGGGUGGCACGGAUUCCCAGAGCCUCAGUUUCCCCAUGUGCACUGUGGGAGCAGGGUGCAGUGUGCCGGUCGCUGUGCAAUAAACACCGCGUGACUCUCGAA